AUGGAUGCAGCCCACUCAAGUCAAGAUUCAUCGAACAAGAAUGAAACGCCAAAGAAAACGGGGUUCGAUUCGAUUGUGCGACGGUAUGAAAGAAGCACUGAACGAAAUCGAGACAACACCGAUUUCGAGCUCAGUGCUUGGUUAGUUGCACAUCCAGAAGUUGCGUCACCAAUUGGUCCUUUACUGAAACAUUCUUUUUGGAGAAGUGCCUUCGUUAUUGCACAAAGAAGUAACUCAAAUCAACUUGAAUUUGUAACCUUUUUGCUUAACAACGAAUCACAGCUGAGAGAAGGAGGCACCGAUGAUGACGCAGGAAGGAUAAUUAGUAUGCUACUUGCCUUAAAAUGGGAACAUCUUGAUUCAAAAAUUGUUGACAAACUCUUUUAUCUUCUUGCUGGAUGGCCAAAGACUUCAUCGAAACACUGGGCCUGUCUACAACUUGCACAAACAUUCGGACAAAAUUAUCCAUCAGCAUCGACGGUGCUUUUUCUCGUCUCUUCAACAUAUUUACUUUCUCCACAUGGACUUGGCUUGGGUCUCCCCCUUCUAAAAGGUUGCUCAUGUGCGGGGAGCGCAAAUUGGAGUAUUUUCAUGGAUGAAACGGGUAAAUUGACGAUUUUUGGUUUCUUUGGAAGUCAACAAAAACCACGAGUGCUCGAUGCAGGAGAAUUAUCCCUAAAAAGGUCAUCUGAUGACAGCAAGAGGGAUAAUGAGGCAAAGAAGUCCCCUCCACCACCGCCACCCGUAAAAACAUUUCGUCUACCAAAAGGAAAACCAUUUGCAGUGAGCUGUGGUGCGGUGCAUUGUCUAAUCGUUUCCACAGAUCGACUUCUUUAUUCUUUCGGUCAAAACACAUAUGGGCAAUGUGGAGUUGGAGACGAUCAAAAACACGAAACACCAACUGUAAUCUCAGGUGAUUGGGGAUCGAUAAUCUCUUUGUCCGCGGGUCAAUAUCAUUCAGGAAUUGUGCUCAAUGAUGGAAGUGUUUAUACAUGGGGCUGGGGAAUGUACGGACAAUUGGGAUUGGGUGAAAGAAGAGGAGGAACCGACGCUUGGACACCGACAUUUGUCCCCGAUUUACCCGAGAAAAUGAAAGCAAUCUCUUGUGGACGGGCGCAUUCAGUGCUUCUUGGUGAGUCGGGAUCAAUCUACACAACUGGUUGUGGACUCUUUGGACAACUUGGGACACUCGUUGACAUCAGGAAGAGAUUUACAUUCACGAAGCUUUCCUUAUCCCCUCCUGGCAUUGAAAGGGAAAUCCGAGUGCGAACGAUGGCCACAAAAUACUAUCAUACAGUCGCUAUCACUGAAGACAAUCAAGUAUUUGAAUGGGGCAAAAAUCCACAUGAUUUAAAGAUGAAAAUGUUUGUGAUGAAACGCUUGCGGAAUGCUCAAGCAGCAAAGGGAGAAAACGGGGCAAAGAUUCCACCGCAUAACCCCGAUAUUCCAAAGGAUUUUCUUGGUGUUUUCAAGGUAAAACAUGAAAUUGAUGCCGAUAUCGUUGACGUCUCAACGGGGCUCUCCCAUUCGGCGCUUCUCACCAAUAAACAGCAUAUUUACACGUGGGGAAAGUCACUCGAUCACCAACUCGGGCAUGGGAACAAAUUGGAGAGAAAUGAGCCACAAAAAGUUGUUGACGAAAAUGCUUGGAUUGAUGUGCAAUGUGGUGGUCAUUUCACAUUGGGCGUCUCAGAGAGUGGACACGCUCAUUCAUGGGGAAGAAACGAUUUCUCCCAAUGUGGCGUGAUCAGCGAGAAAAUCCCGCAAUCGCCGCGAAAGUUCAUCUUCAAAGCAAAGGGUGACGUGAAAAAAUGUGUCCAUCUACCCGACGAGAGUUCAUAUGUUUCAAAACCACAAGUGAUCUCAUCGAUUUUGCUCGAGAUUCCCGCGAAGAAAGAAAACGUUGAAGAAAAGUUGACGCCGAGUGAAGUGGUUGAAAGGAUCCGAACAGCCGAUACACGGUGUCUUCGAGUGGCGAGCUCGAUUCUUGAUAAAUAUUAUCAAGAUCUCCCCUCACUCGCGGCGGCUUUCGUUCACAUGUUGGGCGGGAAUUUGUGGAGUGCGGUGAACACAGUGAAACGGGUGAUCGAUAAUAGAAAUGGAGUGAUGACUGAUCAAGAUAUUGGUUACAUGUCCGGAGUGUUAUGGGAGGGAAUUCUUGGAGGAGACGGUCCCUCAACCACACUUUUACAGCAUGCACUUCUUCAUCUGCCAAAGCCAACCGACGAAGAAAUUCAAGAGAAAUUGAGACAAAUUUGGCCGAGCGCCUGGUCGAACACCGAGACGCAAAACGGAUUGACAGGGAUGGAGAAAGCGAAAAUGCUCUCAAAAUGGACCCCAUCAUCGUCUCAAUUGACAACGAAUGUACACAUCUCGGGCUCAUCGAUUUCCCCAAAAACGGCAAAAGUUCGCGUGUGGGCCGCGUGCGGGCACACUGAGGCGCCAUCGGAAAGUACACAUUGUGGGGAAUGCAUUCGUGAAUGGUUGGAGAUUGUGAAAGGGAAUCAAGGAGAGACAAUCAACAAUCAUUGCACCGCA